AUGAACGAAAAUAUAAAAGUUUUUUUAAGAAUUAAACCUAAUGUUGAAAAUUUUUCUAAACUAAAAGAUGACGAAUGUGCAAUUUAUAAAGUAAAAAAUAAUCAACUACUUUUAUUCGAAAAUAAAAAAAGUUAUAAUGACAUGAGUGAAAUUAUAACAAAAACUUUUAAUUUUAAUCAUAUUUUCGAUGUUCAUAAUAAUCAAAAUGAUAUUUUCCAAUUAAUUGGGAAAAAUCUCAUAAACAAUUUUAUAAAUGGAUAUAAUAGCUCAAUAUUAGCAUAUGGAAAUACAAAUAGUGGAAAGACCUAUACAUUAUAUGGAGAUAGAACCAAUUCAGAGAGUAUAGAAAAUAAUGGACUAAUUUAUUAUUCUUUAAACUAUUUUUUUCAACUACAAAAUACAAAUAAGAAUAUGGAAAUUUCUAUAUCCGUUGUAGAAAUUUAUCUGGAAAAAACAAGAGAUUUGGGAAAAAUUUUUCAACUAUCUCAAUUAUCAACAACUACUGACGAAACAAUUAAUUACCAUUCAAAUUUUCAUGAUAAUAUUGUUAGAGAAGACAAAAAAGGAAAUACCUACGUGGAAAACAUUACACUCCUUCCAGUGAAAAAUAUUGAAGAUGUUAAGAAUAUUAUUAAUUUAUGUUUUAAAUAUAGGAAAACUUACGCAACAAAAAAAAAUUUAGUAUCCUCUAGGUCCCAUUGUCUUUUAACUGUUUAUCAGCACAAGAUAUCCAAGGAAAGAGAAUUUUUCUCUCAAAUUAAUUUUAUCGAUUUAGCUGGUUCCGAAAAAUUUAACGAUAUAAAAAUGAUCAAUAAAAAAGAGCUUAUCAAUAUCAACAAUACAUUGUCUGUUUUAAAUCGAGUCAUUAUCUCAUUAAGCACCAAAAAUAAAAUAGCCAAAAAUAUAAAUAGAACAAAGACAAAUGACAAAUUUAAAAACGACAUCGAAAAUUCCUAUAAUGUACAUAUUCCAUAUAGAGAUUCCAAAUUGACAAGGCUUUUAAAAAAUAGCCUUAAUGGAAACUCAUUUAUGUACAUUUUAAUUUGCUUAAAUCCGAAUUGUCAUAAAAUAGAAGACUUUAUAAAUAGCUUAAUAUUUUCAAAGAGGUGUAAAAUGAUAAAACAAAAAAUAACAAAAAACAAAAUAAGUAGCAAUUCAACAAAUUCAGAUAAUAAUAAAAGUCUUUCAUCUGAAGAAGAAUAUGAAAGUUUUGAUUCAAAUUUUGAGAAUCUUCAAUUUUUAAAAAAAAAUAAUAACAAUGAUAAUAAAAACAAUGAUACUCUUAUUAACUCCAAUAAUUAUAUUUAUAAUUUAAAAAAAAAAAAUAUAAAAUUCAAAAUAAUAAACCAUACUAGCGAUAUGAUGAUAAAUAAACUCAUGGAAUUAUUUACAAGCAUAAUCAGACAUAAAUAUAAUAACUUAAUUAAAAAAAAAAAUGAUAUAAUUAACAAUUUAAUCAAAGUUGUUAAGGCAGAGGAAAAUAAUAAAGAGCAAUUAAAAAAUAAUCAUAAUUAUUUAAUAAAUCUUUUAAAAAAAAAAAAAAGUAAAUUAAAUAAAAAUACACAAUAUUUAAACGACAUCAUAUAUUCUAACCAAAAAGAAUCUAAUACUAAAAACGAUUCUACUAUUGCCCAAAAUUAUAUUAAUAAUAAUCAAAAUGUAAAAGACUUAGAAAAAAAAAAUAAUACUCCCCUUAGUCUAAAUAAUUUCAAUGCUGCCUCAUCUAUGUCUUACCAAAAUGUGGAAAAUUAUUCAUCUUGCGUUAAAAUCGAAGAAAACCAUUUUUUGCCCAUUUCCAAAAGUAUAUCAAUAAAAAAAACGGAUAGAAUUAUACAAUAUACUAACAUAGCCACGUCCCCGAUUCAUACCAACACAGCCACAUCCCCAAUUCAUGCAAAUAUAGCCACGUCCCCGAUUCAUGCCAACAUAGCCACAUCCCCAAUUCAUAUCAAUACCGAUAUAACCACUCCAAACACAUCAUACUUAUAUGAAAACAUGAACCAAAAGAAAAAACAAAUCGAAGAGGUUUACACAGAUAUUAGUAAAAUAUUCGAAAUGGAGACUAACAAAUUAAAGGAUAAAAUUAAUAUUAUUUUAAAAUUAAAUUAUUUAAAUGUAAUAUUAUUUAAAAAUACUCAAGUGUUAGCAAAUAUUUUAAAAAAUGUAUACAAUAAUAAAUACAGUUUAAUACUAAAAAAUGGGAAAAAAAGUCUAAAUAUUACAAAUUACAAUUAUGAAAAAUUAAAACAAACAUAUGACACAAUUACUAUAGGUACGCAGUUAAGUAAUCUGCAAGAUGAAAAUUGUUCUUUAAAAAAUAUAAAUAAAAAUAUUGUUUCUAUAUAUCAACAAAUAAAUGAAAAAUAUAAUCAAAACCUUAUCUCAAAGGAAAUUUGA